AUGGACACUACUCAAUUAAAGACUAAAGUUCUCUAUGAGUAUACUAAAAAAAACAAAUCAUUAUUGGAUGAGUGGUCAGAAAAGACAGUCUAGGCAUUCUUAGAACAGACUAAAAAAUUCACAGAAGAAAUGUAUUCAGGAAAUCUAACCAUGGUUGAUGAUGGAUACAAUGAUACAUAGGAGUAAUUACAAAUACUUGAGAACUUAUUUAAGAAUUUUACAAAAACAAAGGGCGAUAUUCAUCAUAAAUUGAGAAUUUCAUAUUCAAUAGCUAGAAGGUUGUAUAUGGAAAAUUUAUAAAAAAGAGUCUUCAAAGCACUCAGACAAUAAACAAAAUACUAACUUUAUAUUCGCAGGAUGAAGAUAUUUGCAGCUAGUUACUCCAAAUUGAGAGUACCAAGGUAAAUAUUUACUAGUUGGAGAAAACAAGCUCGGAAUAAGACUAGAUAAGAAAUUCUUCAUUAAGUUAAUAGGAAAACUGAUAACGAAAUACUAUAAAUGUAGAAGGAAUAUGAAUAGUUGAUCACAUAAUUAGAGAAUGUGUUGGAGAAGAAGUUGAUUGAAUUAAAAGUAGAAGAAGAAUAACACAAAGAAUUAGUAUUAAGAUAUGAUGGCAUUGUUGAAAAGCGCACAGCCAUCAAACACUGA